AUGCCAUUUCGUAAAGACGAUGAAGUACUGGUAGUGAGAGGCCAUUACAAAGGACAACAGGUGGGAAAAGUUGUCCAAGUUUAUAGGAAAAAGGUUGUAAUUUAUAUUGAAAGGAUUCAGAGAGAGAAGGCUAAUGAUGCCAGUGUCUGUGUAGGAGUCCACCCAUCAAAGACAGUAAUUGUGAAACUAAAGAUGGAUAAGGACCGAAAGAAGAUAAUACACAGGAAAUCGAAGGGCACGUUCGCUGCUCUUCGGAAAGAGAAGAGAAAGUAUACUGAAGAAAGUGCUGCAGCAACUUCAAUGGAGACAUCUUCAAGAGAUCGUUAA